CAACUAUGAUUUCACCCUGUUAUCGAAGUAUCCCUUUAUUUCGCGAUAUUUCGUAUGUGUUUGAUGCUUAGGUGAAUGACGUAUAGUAGGCCUAUUCAUCUCGCAAGUCAAGCUCAUUAGAUUGUUGCGCUUCUCUGAUCGAGUAAUUUUUUGUAUUUAGACACUGUAAAUCGUGUGAUAUUCUCGUAAUUUUACUUUUACAAUUGAAUCAACUACCUCUGUUAAUUAUUGCAGUAGAGGAAGAAUUCGACUCGACUCCAAGUUCGAUAAUUUUCACGGUGAUUCUAAGUUCUUCGAGCUUCUCUGCUGCUAGUUUGAUUUACGAGCAAUGACGCAUUAUUCUACAUUUGGCGAGUCUUCUUCGACGAGAUCACCUUCUGUGGGAAACCUUUCCUUCAGUGUGCCUUAUAGCUCGAUGUCGAAUUCAGAUAAGCCCAUUGCCUUCGGCGGACCUACAAUUACAACGGUACCGAAUUCAGACGCAGGUUCCGAAAUCGGCCUUUCAAAUGACUUCAGAUCGGCGGUCGCACUUACCUCCCGAUGCAACGUUAUUUCUUUAUAUAGUAAUCCAACGCCGACGAAUAAGGGUCCCGAUUCCAGCCUGGUACGCGACCUCGAACGAAUCCUCAAAGACAAACAAUUCACCGACAUAAACUUCUCGGUGCAAGGUAAAGAAUUCAAAGCUCAUAAAGCCAUCUUAGCCGGGCGUAGUUCGGUUUUUAACACCAUGUUUACAACAAAUACCCAAGAAAGCGUGGCGAACACCAUUAAAGUUGACAACGUGACGAGAGAAACUUUCGAGGAUAUGUUACUCUACAUUUAUACAGGGAAGACGAGAAAUUUGGAUAGGACGGCUUACGCAUUGCUACCGGCAGCAAAUCAAUUCCGGCUGGACGAAUUGAAGAAAAUAUGCGAAGAUUUUAUAAUCGACGAUUUGUGCAUUGGUAACGUAUCCAACGCUUUGAUACUGGCGGAUAUGCACGGUGCUGAUGAAUUGAAGGAGCGUACUCUUCAAUACAUCAAAGAUAAUCGUGAAGCUUUCCGUAAUAUUAAAAGUACAGCGCUUUAUCACUCGGUCAAAGCGCAACGUCCCGAUUUGAUGCACGAUUUGCUGGCUAUUUUCUUCGACUACUAAUGAAUCGCGUAAUAUGCUGCUAGUCUUAUACGAGUGUCGAGUAUAUCUAUAUAUAGCCGCAUACAGGUAAACUCAUAACGUUUUGUAUAAAAUACAAACUCACGUCCCACCUAUAACUUCGUUGCUGUGCAUGCGCUCGACGCGUCACCCCAUAGGCCUGAUAGUACUCGAUGUUAGGCCGCGUUAUAUUCGUUAACUUGAUUUUUGGGUGACCUGUGGAGAGGUAUCUCAUUGCCGAAACAUCAAUUUUUCAGAAAAGCUUUUUUUUUAAAGUCCCAUACGUCUCUGUUUUUCGCAAAUAGCUUUUUAACAAAGCAUCCCACAGAAAAAUAACCAGCUCUGAGCAGAAAGAAAAUUUUAUUCUCUACAAUUUCCUUCAUUGCAUUUUUUUCCUAGGAUGCAUACUUUUCCCAUAAAAUCACUGUUUAGACUGAAAAACACGAAAAUUCGGACCUGUAUAAUCAACUCUAAAUUAAAAUUGAGCAGUCAAAAAUUUAUUUUAGACGAUUUUUGACCACGCCAUGUGAAAGAGGACAUCUUCAA